UUGACAUGUUUCAACAUUUCAGUUAAUGAUAUAAAUGCACGCCAGUCGGAUCGACCACGAGGCUGGAAGCUUGUUCAAAAAUCUCUUCAUCGCAUACUUGAAUAUGGUAGAAGUGAAGGAAUUCUGCAAGGACAAGAACAUGGAUACGCUUUUAACAUGACUGGCGUUGUACUGGCAGCUCAAGAAGAAGCACAUAAUAUACGAGAACAUCGAACCGGCGAUAAAGUUCAUUUACCAACCAACGAUAUAACGAUGAUGCACGAGGCAAUCCCCUUUCUGCCUGUUCCAAUUGCUUUAAUUUGCCUCACUCUUAACAUAAUCUUACCUGGCUCAGGAACGAUGUUCAGUGGAAUCAGUGCACUUUGCCUAGGUCAGCCGCGAAUAAAUUUUAAAGAGGGCAGGAAACUUGCUACUCUGCUAGUUAACGUUCUUGUUGGUCUGAGCCAGUUUUUUACAAUAACUUUUCUUUUUGUUGGAUGGUUCUGGUCAAUCGCGUGGGGAGUUCUACUCAUCAUUCAUUCAAUGCAAUACCGUGAAGCCCUUCAGCAACGUCGCCAAGAAGCGGUGGCAACGGCAGCAAUUGAAGCACUAACGAAGGAUUCCAUACUCCACCGGCGCGAUGUAAAAUCACUGGUUAAGGCACAUAAAAUUCAAACAAUUGAUAAAAGAUAA